UCUCUCUCUCUCUCACAGGGUCCGGAGAAGAAGCGACCGGGGGAGACCAGCAGAGAGGCAGACCAGUCCCUUGUUGUGAUUUACUUUAAUUUCCUUUAUUUUCCCCCAAAGUUUAGCAAGAUAGGUGUUAAGAUGUCAGCCAGGAGAGCCACACACGCCGGCAGCUGGUACACGGACUCUGCCACAGACUUGGCGCGGCAACUUGAGAACUGGCUGGGGCAGGCGGACCUCUCCCAUGGCCCAGCGCGUGCCAUCAUUGCCCCACAUGCGGGGUACCAGUACAGCGGUGCCGUCGGUGCCUAUGCAUAUCGACAAGUGUCUCCCGUAGUGGUGAAGCGGGUGUUCAUUCUCGGUCCUUCCCACCACGUUCGACUGUCUGGCUGUGCGCUCUCUUCCCUUACCAAGUACCGAACACCGCUCUACGAUCUCACCGUCGACCAGCAAGUCUACAAUGAGCUGUACCAGACGGGCCAUUUUGAGACGAUGAGUGUGUCAGCAGAUGAGGACGAGCACAGUAUUGAAAUGCACCUCCCUUACGUCGCCAAGGUCAUGGAGGACUUUCGGGAUCACUUCACCAUUGUCCCGGUCCUGGUGGGGUCCCUUACGCCGGAGAGAGAGGUGCUGUACGGCCGCCUCCUCGCGCCCUACCUUGCCGACCCCCAGAGCCUGUUUGUGAUAUCCUCCGACUUCUGCCACUGGGGCCAGCGCUUCCGGUACACUUACUACGACCGCUCUGUUGGGGAGAUCUGGCAGUCCAUACAGAAGCUGGACAAGCAGGGCAUGAGCCUCAUCGAGACCUUAAACCCCAGUGCCUUCACCGAGUACCUGAAGAAGUACGGCAACACCAUCUGCGGCCGCCAUCCCAUCGGAGUGUUGCUCAAUGCCGUGGCUACCCUACAGAAGACCACCAACGGACACCGCAUGAUGCUAAAGUUCCUGCAGUACGCACAGUCCUCACGCUGCUACACCUCCUCCGACUCCUCUGUGUCCUACGCCGCAGCCUCGCUUAUAUUCGAGUAGACCAAGCCAUUUGCAGGACGGGGAGGGCCGGGGCCAGGAGGGAGGGGGUAGGAGAUGGACAGAACGGGAGAGGGAUGGAAGGGAAAGGGGGUGUAGGGGUUAGCCAGCAUGCCCCACCUCGCCGCACCUCAUCCCUGCCCUGAUUCUGACCUGACGUACUCCUCCGCCGACCUGCCUGACCUGCCGUCCUCUGUCCUGCUCUGGCUUGGUUUGGGGGUCAUUCUAUCACCUCGGUCUAUCUUAUUCUCUUUCCGCUGCUUCUGUUUUGCUUUGAUACUUCUUACAUUCCUCCUCUCCUUUCCUUACUUGCAUUCCCUCAGACAUAUCUUUUCUUUAUUCUCCGUUUCCUCCUCCUCCUCCUCCAUUCUUUAUUGUCUCAUUCUAUUUUCUUUACUUCUGUGUUUCUUAAUAUUUCUUACAUUCCUCCUCUCCUUUCCUCACUUGCAUUCCUUCAUUCUACCUAAUUUCUUUACCCUCCCUCUCCUCUUCCAUUUGUCAGUCUCUCAUACUCAUUCACUUUUUUUCCUUUACUCUUGUUUUCUCGAUACUGCAUUCCUCCCCUUCUUUUCUAAUGCAUAUUCCCUCACAAUACUUUUUCUUCAUUUGCUCUCUCGCUGUCUUCCGUCCCUCCUUGUCUCUUUUUCCUGCCUGUCUGUAUUUUUCAUAUUUCAUCAUGCACCAUUUUUCUUUACCAUCCUUCUCACCUGUUCCUCCAUCCCUCCUUUUCUCUUUUUUCUUGUCCUCCUUUAUUUCUUUGCUUGUCUUUUUUUUUCCUGCCUUUCUCUAUUUCUUCCUUCUGUCCUCAUUCUCACACAAAUUUAGCCUCUCUCUCUCCCUCCUUCGACAUCGUGACCCCCAACCCGCACCCAACCUGUGAUCGCGCUGCUGCUGCUGUGGGAGGCGGCAGGCGGGCCGACCCGACCCGACCUGACCUCUGUUGACCUCCGCCGCCGCUGCCGCAUACGCCAUGCCAUGCCCCCCCAAAGCUGGUCGGUCGAUUCACACUGUUUUUGUUGCUCGGUGAUUUGUGACUCAGGGUCAAUUUUAUAUGAGAUGCUUGUAUGUACGGAUGACGACAACUACUACUACUACUGCUACGACUACGACUACUUUGUUUACUACUACUACUACUACUACUGAUGGUAAUAAUUGAUAUCUAUAACUACUGCAAUCUUUUUUCACCAAUGUUUCUAUGACUGUUCCUACUACUACUACUACUACUACUACUACUACUUUGUUUACUACUACUACUACUGAUGGUAAUAAUUGAUAUCUAUAACUACUGCAAUCUUUUUUCACCAAUGUUUCUAUGACUGUUCCUACUACUACUACUACUACUACUACUACUACUACUUUGUUUACUACUACUACUACUACUGAUGGUAAUAAUUGAUAUCUAUAACUACUGCAAUCUUUUUUCACCAAUGUUUCUAUGACUGUUCCUACUACUACUACUACUACUACUACUACUACUACUUUGUUUACUACUACUACUACUGAUGGUAAUAAUUGAUAUCUAUAACUACUGCAAUCUUUUUUCACCAAUGUUUCUAUGACUGUUCCUACUACUACUACUACUACUACUACUACUACUACUUUGUUUACUACUACUACUACUACUGAUGGUAAUAAUUGAUAUCUAUAACUACUGCAAUCUUUUUUCACCAAUGUUUCUAUGACUGUUCCUACUACUACUACU